AUCGGCGGAGGAUGUGCGUCAUCGUGCUCUCCCCACUGACAAAUGUCCCAGUGGCAGAGCAGUCUGCCUGGCUCGCAGGGGACCCACCGCGCCCCCGCUAUCAGAUCUCUCUAUAUAGCCCGCGCCGCACGGGCUACAGCCUCAGCCCAUCCCCCAUGUCCAACCCCGCCACCAUCUCUGACUGCAGGUCUGUCCUUGUCAUUGGCGCGACCGCCGGCCUCGGCCGCGCUCUCGCCCUCGCCAUCCAUGGUCUCCCGUCGAAGCCGACCGUCAUCGCCGCCGGGAGGCGGCAGGAGAGGCUGGACGAUUUGGCGAAGCAGGGCGAGAGAAUCCAGACGGUCAAGUUCGACGUGAACGCGAGCCGCGACGCGCUCAAGAGUGCCGUGCAGGAUGUGUACCAGAAGUACCCCGACCUUGAUGCCGUCCUCUUCGUGUCUGGUAUUCAGCACUUGUUCGACUUCAAGAAGCCGGAGAGCAUCAACCUGGAUACGCUUGAGGAGGAACUGAACACAAACUACACUUCGAUCAUCCGCAUGGCGACCUUCUUCCUCCCUCACUUCCUGAAGCUCAGUGAACAAGGCCGGCCGUCCCUCAUGAUCACUGUCACUUCCGGGCUCGCCAUCGUUCCCGGCCCUUGGGUACCGAACUACUGCGCUACCAAGGCGGCUCUCCACAGUUUCACGCUGUCCCUCCACACGCAGCUCAAGUCUACCAAGGUCAAGGUCAUGGAGAUCUUCCCACCACUGGUGGAAUCGGAGUUGCACGAUCACCAAGGCACGACCCCGGCCUUGUCCAAGUUGUGGAUGCCGCUCGACGAGUUCACGAAGGAAGCCAUGGAGGGUCUCCAGCGUGGAGACGUCGAGAUACCCGUCGGCAAGUCGGCGCAGCAGUGGGAGGCGUUCGAGAAGGGCAAGCUCGAGAAAGCCGAGGGCGCGCAGAAGCUCUUUUCCGCUCCGAAGUAGACUGUAGGCAAGCCGUACUCGCGUACAGCAGCUAAGAAGUGAACCGGAUAAUAGGAGGAAUGUAUACUAUAUACAGCG